AACCAUUUAAAUUAUUACUAGUUGUCUGAUCACCAAGGUUGAGCAACAGCAACGAAGACUAGGACCAAGACUAGGAAAUAAGAUGACCGGUGCAGUUUGAAACCACGCAGAAACACGUAUAAGCGAAGCGGCGCAAAAUAUAAUGCUAUCUAACUCAAGCGGUCUAACUGCAAGACGAAUGGAGUCUUUCACCACGGGCCAAUGGCGGUCAGCCGACUCUGCGUACAUAGGCGCAUGCGCAUCGUCUUACGUUGCGCACUUCAGAUGGCGCGCGUAGAAACGGGCUUGUUUUGUGCUAGUCGUCGGUCGCAUCGGCAGACGGUCGGGAUCCGGUAGUAGUGCUUGUGCCGCGCGGUUUUGGUCGUCGCACGACUUUCGUCCUCUAGCUAUCGGGAGUUUCGGCGAGCUUAGUGCUGGCUUCCAUUGUGCGCGCGCUUCCGAGCACGAAAGGAGAGAGAUAGAGCCAGCGAAAAACGCGGGACGCGCGACGUUAUCGUGCCCGAUCAGGCAGCACGUCGUAGUGUACGUCGAGUGUGCGCGUUUUCCGAAGGGGGAAAAAAGGUAAGCGAGUGCACGACUUGUCCGAGGUGGUACGCUGAGCUGGUGGAGGGGCUGUCGGAUCUGCAGUCUUGUCUGGUUGUGCGUGUAGCGGCAGCGCUACUCGCCGAAUUAAAAUGGCGGGCCUGGUUGGCCUUACGCGCGGAGGUAACGGCCACCGACGAUGCUAGUCGCCGACGCAAGGGACACGUGAGGGUGGCCCCGUUGUUGGCUACCGUUGUGCGUGCCGCUUCUGGACAUUUUCCCGCGUUCGGGUGCUCGCUCGUGUUGCAAACUCGCAUCGCACCGAGCACCGCUGUGAAAGCAGCGCGAGAACGCGGAGGGACGAGAGAAAGAGAACGAGCGAGCUCCUUUAGCACGUAAAUAAUAGCGGUGUAAGUUUGUGGUGCUAGGUUGAGAGUGAGAGAGAAGGAGAGAGAGAGAGAGAAAGAAAGAGAAAAACGACCAGCCACCGUGUGAACUGAAGCCGCGAGAAAAAGGGAGGGAAAUAGGAAGAGGGAGUGAGAAAGAGAAGGAGAGAGGAAGGGAUAAAUAGAGAAGGACAAAGAUAGGGCAAUAGAGAAAGAGCGAAAAGGGACAGAUACGAACGGACGCACGCAGGACGCGGCAGAAGCGGCAAAGCCAAGACUGAGAGAAAACGCAUGGACGAGGCUUACUCGGCAGUGGACAAAUAAUCACGAUGAAGUGACUAAGCUAGACGAAGUGUUAAGCACUCCACGACGACAACGAGGACGACGACGACGACGAGGAGUGCGGGUUUGAACGAAAGUGCCGUCCUCGGCAGCCGAUUAUACCAAGUUCCGGAGGACGAGUAGCCUCGAUGCCGAUGCCGACCGAAUACCACGAGAGCCACGGUAACCACGAGAACGCCAAUUUCGCUCUCGGGUCCACGCAGGACGCCAGCAACAUGACGGCCAACAUGUACCGGGUGGGAGAUUACGUGUAUUUCGAAACCUCCAGUGCGUCGCCGUACCAGAUCAGGAGGAUAGAAGAAUUAAAUAAGACCCCGAACGGUAAUGUGGAAGCCAAAGUCAUGUGCUUCUUCAGGCGGAGGGAUUUACCUUCUACCUUGAUUAUGCUCGCCGACAAACAUCAAUUGGCAAGCGCGGAGCAACAGAGGUCAGAAUCCCCUGCGAGCACGCAGAAUCAGAAACUCGAGAACCCUGACACUACUAAGGAAAUGACUAGUAAAGAUGGGAUCGGGCCUAAAGUGAUGAUCAAAGGGGGCGGGAAAGGGGGCUGGCUGAAGGCCCCAUUAUCGGAGGCCCAAGAGCCCCAUGGGCUGGACGACACCGUGGGCCCGGGAGGAGUGCCGGAAUUAAGUACUAAACAGCGUCACCAAAUGAAGCAUCGGGAACUCUUCCUGUCGCGGCAAGUGGAAACAAUGCCAGCCACGCAUAUUCGGGGCAAAUGCUGCGUGACGUUACUAAACGAAACCGAAUCCUUACUAAGCUACUUAAACAAGGAGGAUUCGUUUUUUUAUUGUUUAGUAUUUGAUCCUGCUCAACGGACUUUGCUGGCCGACAGAGGUGAAAUAAGAGUGGGCAGCAGAUAUCAAGCCGACGGUAUCGCGGCCACUGUUUUGUCACCCGCGGAGAGGGAAGCGGAUUCUCGCAGGUUACAAGAUUUGGAGACGCUGGUGUGGACACCACGGCACAAUUUGACGGAUCGUCAAAUCGAUCAGUUCCUCGUGGUCAGCAGAUCAGUCGGAACUUUCGCGAGAGCCCUCGACUGCUCGUCCUCCGUCAAACAACCGUCAUUACACAUGUCAGCGGCUGCAGCCUCUAGAGACAUCACCCUAUUUCAUGCGAUGGACACUUUGCACCGACACAACUACGACGUAGCGAAAGCUAUGUCGUCCCUAGUACCUAGCUCGGGCCCAGUGUUGUGUCGAGACGAGAUGGAGGAGUGGAGCGCGUCCGAGGCAAACCUGUUCGAAGAAGCGCUCGAGAAAUACGGGAAGGACUUCCCCGACAUACGAACUGACUUUUUACCGUGGAAGACGUUGAUGAACGUGAUCGAGUACUAUUAUAUGUGGAAGACGACCGAUCGCUAUGUCCAGCAGAAGAGAGUAAAGGCGGUCGAGGCGGAAAGUAAGCUGAAACAAGUAUAUAUACCGAAUUACAACAAAACUCCCGCAUCGACAACCAUCCCUUCUUCCGCGACGAUCGUACCGUUGGGUAAUAGCAACAGCAACAGUAACGGCAAGCCGAGCAACGUGCUGAAUGGCAAUAGCAAUGGCAGCAUGUCCGGCGAAAAUUCCGGGAUAUUGAUGGUCGGCGGCGGCGGCGGCGGCGGUGGCGGCAGUGGUGGUAGCGGCUCCUCCAAGCCAUGCGAGAGCUGCCAGAUAAUGCAGAGCCCGCAGUGGUAUUCAUGGGGACCUUCGCACUUGCAAUACCGACUUUGCCAGCCUUGUUGGACAUACUGGAAGAAAUACGGAGGUCUUAAGGUUGAACAGGUGCCCUCUCGAGCAGACGACGUUGAUCUCGACAGAAAACGCACUGGCGCCGGAUCUGACGAAGAGAGUAAGGGUAUGGGCGGCGCACACCGACCUCACCGAUGCAAUAUUCCUGGAUGUAUGAAAGAAUUCAAGCUCAAGGCUCAUUUAAGCCGUCACUAUGCUAGCGCGCACGGGCUUGAUCUUCGUGGUCCCGCCGGUAGUGGUGGCGGUGGCGGUGGAUCGCCGCGGCCAGUGAUGAAGACAAGAUCCGCGUUUUAUUUACGCACCUCGGUGCUUGCGCGCGCUUCACGACGUCUCUGCGCUGGCCAGCUACGCACGCGUCACGCAGCACGGGCGCCUCAUCAGCCGGUGAACGCAGCGCCACUUAGACACCUCUGCACGCAACUCGCGUCCAAGAGCCCGGCCGAAUUGCGAAUCUUGGCUCGGGCGGUACGGCCACGUCCACGUCCUCGUGUGACCGACAUCGCCUCGAGGCUUGGUGAUCAUCCAUCUCCGCGACAACCUGGUGAUUGGGACUGGUUGGCUUUGACUGCACCAGCACAGCGUAAACAACCGGAUCGAGUCUUUUUCCCUCGGCCACCUAAAGCACCUGAUGGUAGUUUACUCUAUGAAAGGGUGCCUAACAAGCCUGAGGUAGACAGGCUCGCAAUAACUCCGCCGCAACCACAACCUGUCAUGCCGACGCAGCAGACCAUUAUGAAACGUACAAGACCAUUUGAUGAAGUGAAUGGUUCAGAUGGUCUCGCCCUGAAUACGGGGCUUCCCAGCGGACCUCCCGCGAAAAGAGCUCAUCUUUCUCAGCAAUUGCAUCCAAAGCAUGCAUUGGAACACUCCGCACCAGCUGUGCUUCCUCUCGCGCCUCCUCUUAACGGUAGAGCCACUCAUCCACAUCCUCUACCAUCUCACACGCCGUUAUCACGAAGUAACGCACGUAAACAAGUGAUUUCCUGGAUGGAUGCUCCCGAUGAUGUCUAUUUUCGGGCUACGGAGCAGAUCAAACUCAGAAGAACUCUUUCUUCGGCGGAAUUACGAAGAGCAGCACGUAAACCGUGGCGCAGACUGUCGGCUCCUCUGCAUCCACCGCAUUUGCAAAGGGCGGUACGUGGCGAGGAUAUGGUCGUUAUCCUGGACUGAAUUUGCGAUUCAAUCGCGCGAACCAACCAAUCGACAUUGGUUCGACCCCGCGUGUGAAGUAUCACGCUGUUAUCGUAAUUUUAACGUCACCCUGAGAGUGAAGAAGUCAUGCUGGAAAGCGAAGCUCAUGUUUCUUCUGGAAACGAAGCCACGUCUUCUUGUCAUCGGCAGCUGCUUCGACGUUGAGAAUGAAGAAUCCUUAGAUAGGACAGACAGUUAGGAAAAACAAAGAAGGAGAGAAAGAAAGAAAACAUCCUGAAAGGAUUCUAAGGUAUUCUCUUUUCUUUUUCACGGAAACCAAACAAAUUAUAAUCAAGAGAGGAUGAAAGAGAUAAAUAAAAAGAGAAAAAGACUUUACUUGAUUGAAUUUGUAUGUUUUAAUGAUAUAACAUCGAGGGAAAAAAAGAGACAUACAGUGAAAAAGUGUGAGACAGAAAGAGAAAAACGUCGUUGAAUUGCUGCAGUAAGCACUUCAUUGCGUAUGAACGUAGGACGUAAGUGCUCCGAAGAGAAUUAAUGUUCGGACCGUAGUCAUUAAACAUGGAAACAUGAUUUUUUAUUCAUAAUAAUUAAUUAUUGUUGUUAUUAAUAAUAAUUAUUAAUAAUUGAAUGUAUAUAUACAUCGUACCACACAAUCAUAACAUACACAUUAUCAAGUAACACGAGAUACGGACGAGGUACGGAUGUGCAACACAUACGUACAUAAUAAAACAGACACGCAUACACAACGCAUAUACAACACACGCGCAUACAUACACUCAUUCACUCAUCCAUCCAUCUCCAAACAGGCGAUGGGCAUGACUUUAACAAUGAUAAAAAGAAAAAAAAAGAAAAAAUUUUUGGCCCAACAUGCGCAUCAGCUCACGAAUGUUAACGGCCGUGCGGGCAACAGAUGAAUGUAGUAGAAUGAAAAUGAAUGCAAGAGAAAGAGAGAAAGAGAGAGUGAGAGGGGAAAAAAGUCAGCGAGAGAGAGUACGAGUGAAUGAGAGCCUGCGAGAAUGGAAUAGUACGUACGGGAGACAGAGAGAAAGAAUGCUCACUGUGAAUAUUUUUAUUAAAUUUUCAAGUUUGAUGACUUCCGUCGAAACAAUUAAUAAAUAAACAUAAGCAUAAAAGUGGAAGAACCAUCCUAAUCAUUUCUCUGCAACUACUGAAGAUUCAAAGGUAUUUUUCUUUUUUUUUUCUUUUAUCAAUUAUGAUUUGUUUUAAAAUUUUCGUAUCAUAAUCACAGGAAUUAUCGUGCUGUUGAAGCACUAACAGUAAUGUAUUCUAUAUUCUGUACAUAUGUCCUUUAUUUUAUGUAUUCAUAUUUCUUAUAUAAAUUAUAUAUAUAUAUAUAUAUAUAUAUAUAUAUAUAUAUAUAUAUAUAUAUAUAUAUAUAUUUCUUUUCUCUCUUUUUGUAAACUUUGGAAUACCAACGAGAUGAUUUACACAUUUUUAGUACAUGAUCCAGAUUAUGAAGAAGAAAUUCUGAAAGUAUCAGUUCUUACAAUCGAUUUUUUCAGUUUAUAUGAACGCCGAGAAUAAUAUUAUUUUAAAGUCUCUAGAUACUCGCUGUCUUUGAUGAUGUCAGAAGCGAAAAAUCGUAUAUCCAUGAUUUUUGCAAAUCCAAGUGAAAUUAGUUACAGAGAGUAGAAUCUGGGUAUAAUUUUGUUACAUUUCCUACACUUUAACGCAGUAUAGACGAUUAUUUACUAUUAGUCUGUUCUUUUCAGCUGCACUGCUGAACUGGCGCAAUAAGUUAGAGUGAGAAAAGAUAUAUUUGUCUCCAUGGACAUAGUGAAAAGUGCGAUUAUAGACGAGGGGUUGUGAAGCUCAAGGGACAAGAGGAUUACAUCGUCGCGGUCAUGUUAAUGCCGGAGUUUGUGUCUAUUUUCAGUGUAUAAGAACAGCGACCAUCGCUGUUACCAUCUUGGUACCGCAACUCCACUAUAAUACAUAAAAUCAUUCCUCUCAUCCCUUGGGCUUCACCCCGCGACAAUUUGCUCCGUCUAUAUAUUCUUACGUCCAUGCUUUUCUCACUUUAACUUAUUUCACCAGUUCAGCAGUGCAGCUGAAAAGAACAGACUUGAAUGUCCUUUGAUACUGUUGAAUUAUAGUGCUUCAUUGUCUCAUCAGUUAUUGAAGUUCUAAUAUUUUCAAAAUAGAAAAGUUAUGUAAUCUAUCGUUGAACUGUGCCACUUGUAAGUAAAAUGUUAUCUGACUUGCUAUUGAAUUUUGCUAUUUGAACAGUACAGAUACACCCAACCACUGAAAUAUAUACUACCUGGAACACGCGCUAUCUCUAGGGUUUGCGGGAUGAGAGAGAGCAUGCUUGUAGGUCUCUAACAGCGCUCUGUCUUUAUCUAGUACAGUCUGAACCAAAAACUAAGUCGGUUGAUUUCUAAACAUAAGCCAAAUCUUUGGAUUAGGAACCAUCUUUGCUUUGUUUUUCUUAAUAAUAAAUUAAUUAAUAAAUGAGAAAAAAUAUAUAUAUAUUUUUUUAUAUCUUAAACUUUCGUUCGUAAGCUUAAGUCAUUGCCAUUUAGUGGUCAUUGCUUUUCAUAUUAUCUCUAAUUUUUAGCUUGGAUUGUAUCAUUCUCCCCACUCUCGAGUAUACUGUGAACCAGACAAGGAUAAGAAAGGAAACAAGGAACCUCUCUCUCAUUCCGCACGCCUUAAGAGGCAGCGCGUGUUCCAGUAUAAAUUUCAGUGCGCCUAACCUAACUUAAUCUUUGAAGUGCAUUACGAUCUCAAUUUGUUAGCAGAAACGGUGGCGGCUCGUAGCGGAGAUUUUAGAACUACAUUUAGGCUGUGUUUGCUUUGAGCGAUCAUUCUAUCAUUCAUGCGCUGUCAUUCUAUCUUCUUCCCGCAUGUAAUGAACGAUAAAGAUAGGAUGACGCUUAUAGCGCGAAAAGCGAACGCACCCUUACUGACAUAAUCUACACAACAUAACGGGCACAAUCUACUGAAUAUGUUUAGGAUUCUUCCACUUUUAUAUUUAUGUUUAUUUAUUAAUUGUUUCGAUGGAAAUCAUUAAACUCGAAAAUUUAAUAAAAAUAUUCACAGUGAGCAUUGGGCGCGUUCAGCGGAAAAAGCGCUCAGUAAGCAAUCAACGAUUAUUGGUUCUUACUGUUAGAUCCCUAAAUCUAGACCAAUUACAUUGACGAAUUGCUCAACUAUUAUGCAACUGUUGAAUUCGCUGAACGCACCCAUUCUUUGUCUCCCGUACGUACUAUUCCAUUCUCGCAGGUUCUCUUCAUUCGUGUUCUCUUUCUCUUGCCUUCAUUUUCAUUCUACUAUAUUCAUUUGUUGCUGCUUCUACUAUAUUCAUUGUUGCCGAUUUGUUGAUCGAUAAUAUUCGUGAGCUGAUGCGCAUAUUGGACCAAAAAUUUUUUCUCUUUUUUUCUUUUACCGAUGAAUGUAAAGUCGUGCCCAUCGCUUGUUUUAAGAUGGGUAAAUGAGUGAAUGAGUGUAUGUAUGCACGCGCGUGUGUAUACAUGUGUUGUAUUGUGUACGUAUGUGUUGCACAUCCGUACCUCGGCCGUAUCUCGUGUUAUUUGAUUAUGUGUAUUCCCUUGUCCACAACUUUGCUUUAAUCUUUAAACCGUAAGAUAUUGACUAACCAGACAUUAAUUAUUUUUAAAAUAAUCGACUGUAGUUAGUCAAUUUCUUACGGCUUAAAGAUUAAAGCAAAGUUGUGGACAAGGGGUUAGGUAUGCUUGCGUGUGGUAUGAUGUAUAUAUACAUUCAAAGUUAAUAAUUAUUAUUAAUAACAACAAUAAUUAAUUAUUUUGAAUAAAAAAAUCAUGUUUUCAUGUUUAAUGACUACCCAGAUAGCACAAUGUCUAAAAGUGGGACAUAAGACGUCUUUAAGUUGUCUUUCAGAUAUAAUAAAGUAUUGUCUUAAAGAUGUCUUAAAGUUGUCUUAAAGACGGCUUAUGACUCGAUUUUGGCAUUUGUGCCGUCUGGGUACAAUCUGAAAAUUCUCUUCGAAUAAUUUACGUCCUACAUUCAUAUGCAACGAAAUGCUUACUGCAGCAAUUCAACGAGGUUUUAUUCUUUCUGUCUCACACUUUCUUUCACUGUAUGUCUUUCUCUUUUUCCCUCAACGUUGUAUCAUUAAAACAUACAAAUUCAA